AUGGAAAAAGCCAAUAUGAGAAACCGAACGAGGAAGUGCACAAGGAGAAUAGAUCCAGAGAGAUCCAAAGAAGAGCCACAUCUUUCUGGUGCAUACAUCCGAACCCUAGUUAAGCAGCUGACUACUUCCUCAAGACCACUUAAGCAGGAAGCUGAAGCCUCCACCAAAUUUAGCCCCGCUGCAAAAUGUAACGAGGCGAUUGAUGAUGCCCAACAACCACAGGUGAAGAAGAAAGUGAGGAGAAGGUCACACACCAGCAAACCUUAUCAACAGAGGCUACUAAAUAUGGCAGAAGCAAGGAGAGAGAUAGUGGCUGCCCUUAAAUUUCACAGGGCAGCAAUGAGGCAAGCAGAAACAGAAGCCAUCGCAAGAGAGUUCCAGGAUAACUCCCAGGUGUGCCCCAGUGCCAAUUUCAAUUUUCCUCCUCUUGGAGUCGCUCCUUCUUCUUCUUCUUCUUGUUCAUCGCUUUUUCCAUGGGUCCCCUCUGUGGAUAGUGGUCUAAAUAUAAACCUUCUAUCAGAAAACCCAAGUAUCAAUCUCAAUUUUCAUCAACAGGGUAUCCCAGACCCGUGUUUUUUUUUGAACAACAGUAUUGAUAACAACGACCUAAUGACUAGUCAAAUUCUUUCUUCUUUACCCUCAUCAUCCAUCUUCGGCGAUAAGAAUCUCAUUGAAAUUGCACCAGCAUUGUCACCAAUACCUGUUAAUGGUCCUAGUGCUCUUAAUCCUCCAUAUACAAACAAUUCCUUGGCAAAGCCACCAGAUUUCAAUCAGCCUAUAGUUUCUCCAUCCUCGGCGGUCGACGAUGAAGAGAUCAUGGCUGAGAUCAGGUCACUCGGGGAGCAACAUGAGACGCAGUUGAGUGGCACUACAGAUUUGGUGAACUCAGCUUGGUGGUUUAGGUUUUUGAAUAGCUUAGAUGCAAAGGAUGAUGGCACUCAAGGGAAAAUGGAAGGGCUAUUUGAUGAGUUUAUGGAGAUUCCGUCAUGGUUCAAGGAUGGACGUGGUAAUCAAAGUGCCAAUCCAGUGGCUUCUUCUUCCGAUGAUUAUGAGGAUUUUUUGCAGGAUAAUUCUUUUGAAUGGUAA